AUGCUUGCUAUUUCGGGGUUCGGCUGGAAUCAUACGGGGAAAAUGAUUACUGUGAGGGAUGAGGACGUGUGGCAAGGCUACAUCACGGCUCACCCAAAGGCCAAAUCAAUGUGUCAUAAAUCUUGGCCCUAUUAUCCGGAUUUGGAAGAAAUUUUUGGGAAGGACAGAGCAACUGGAGAGGGGGAAGUUGGUUUCACAGACGCGGUGAAUGAUGUCUUACAUGAUACUAACGUGGAAGUACGUAGCCCUAUCCUCACUGAAGACGCAGUCCCGGAACAAUGUGAUUACCCUCAGAUUAACUUUGACUCUUUUUCGGCUCAAGCAGGUGAGAGUAGUGCUUCCGGUAAGUCUAAGCGUGAUGGAUAA